AUGACGAGAUCGCCAUCAGGUCGCGAGCAAAGAAAAGACUCCUCCAGGACUUGGCCUGGAAUAAAGUCACGGGCCGUGUUCUCGCCAGAAACGGCUUCUCCAAAACACAACGCUGGAUUGCCCGAUUCCAACCGAUACAACCCGGUGCAUUCGGAAUCUCUCUGUCUACUGAGCCAUUCUGAUCUGGCACAUUGCGGAGUUAGAUUCUGCUCCAGGCGAUAUCAUUUCCCCGUAAAUUGUAAUCGUAGUCUUGUCCUGGCGCCCCCAAUCUACCUCCGGAGUAGAUGUUGA